AUGAGCCCAAGUGGCAAGCACGGCAUUUCCAAGGCUGUAGCCAGCGAGCGGUGCUCUGACAUGAGCCCCACAGACUCGACGGGCCUCACCCUAUGUGAGCCUGAAGAGAAGUCUGUCCAGCGGGGCAGAGUGUUGGCAAUAGGGAUGGGCACAGCGGGGGGUAAGAUGGUGGCCCACAUUGGGGACUGCCUGGCGCAGCAGUCACGCGCGGAGUUUGACGCGGUGGAACUGUGGGCUAUGAACACCGACGUGCAAGCAUUGAGGGACACUCACGCUCCACACCAUCUACAAUUGGGCAGUGAGCUGACCAAGGGCCUGGGCACUGGCGGCGACCGCACUGUGGGGGCGCAGGCUGCAGAAGUCUCCGCCGCCGCCAUUGCGGAGGUGGUGGGGGGCCGGCCGGGGGUGUGCUUCGUCAUCUGUGGCGCGGGAGGGGGCACGGGGGGCGGUGCCUCUCCGCUGGUCCUGAGUGCCGCGCGGGCGGCUGGCCAUUUGGCUGUGGCCGUGGUCACAUUGCCCUUCAGCUUUGAGGGGCAACGGCGGCUGCGACAGGCCCGCGCCUCACUGGCGGCGCUGCAGGGAGCGGCUGACGUGGUGUUCGCCAUCGACCAGGAUGCAUUCCUGCAGCAGCGCCAGGACCUGUCCAUGACGCAGGCGGCCAGAAUGGCGGCCGACCUGGCGCUGCACGCGACGCGCGGGAUCACAACUUGCCUCCAGGCCGAGGCCGCUUCUCCCCCAGCCCAGCCCGCCAGCUUGUCCCGCUCGCUGCUUCAGAGGGGCGUCGUCCAGAUGCUGAGGGCAUCCGGGCGGGCUGUUGUGGGGCACGCUGAGGGCGCCACCCCCGUGCGGGCCCUUCUGGCAGCGCUCCAGGCGCCGGGGCUGGGCAGCCUGCACAUGGUCGUGAGCCCGACAGUGUCGUCCGUGGUGCAGUUUGCGAGCAGCGUGGUGUGCGUCCUGAGCAGUGCGGCCCCGCUGAGCCCGGCCCAGGUGCGGGACGCCCGCGCCAGCGCACAGGCGCUCACGGGCGGGCGCAUUCCGCUGGUGGUGGCCACACGCCAGGACGCAACGGCAGCAGCAGUGGGCGCCACCGUCAUCCUCACAGGGCUGCCACACGAGCUGGCGGAAGCCCCCGCUGCCUCCACCGCUGCCGCUCGCCCACCGCCCCCCCAAGCACCACUGCCACCCCUGGCAGCGCGAGUGAAGGCUGCCCCCGUCACGCCUGGCCUUCAGGCAUCGGCAACUGCACAACGGCAAAAGCCGAACAGAGAAACUGUUACUCAGGCAAGCUUGACGUCUUCCUCCUCGAAAACGCGUGGGAAUGCUGCUACCAAGCAAGCCGUUGCGUCGGAGACACGGCAAAAGGACGGCGCGCGCUUGCCCCCUCCACCUGGCAGGAUUAGGGUCUGGUCAGCAGGGGGCACGAGCGUUGACGAGCUUUCCAGCCAGCCGAAGGCACAAGACAUGCACGGAGACAAGGAGCCGCUGGAAGGGCAAGCGGGGGUACUGGAACCAUACAGCAGCAUACUGGAUGGCCCUCGUAAUGGGGGCUACGCUGCCCCCCACAAACGGUCAGAAGAGUCGCCGCGACCCCAAGAGCGAGACUCAGGCCAAGGAUCGCGACCUGGGGCCGAUGCGAUCCACGUGGAUCGCGAAGCUGGGCGAGAGAGCAAUGGUGCUCAAGCUGCGGGUCAAAAGGAUGAGCGGGGAACCGCGGCUCCUCGAGAAAAGCUGUUGGACCAACUGUCGGCAGCAAAGAGUAACGGCACGCCCAACACCCCGGUUCAGGGAGUCGGACCGGUCGGAGCCCCAGCAGAUGCCCGCAGGCAGACAGGGCAGAACGGGAGGGCAGGGAUGUCAGUGGAAAACGAGAGCCAGGGGGGGGGCGCGCAGGCAGAGACGAGGGCGGGGGCGCAGGGGGCCACCAGGGAACAAGACCACGACAGGGCGAGGAGCUUCACCGCCGCAUCUCCCUCGAGGAGCGAUGCAACGCAGGGGCCUGCGCAGGCAGCGUGGACCCAGUCGAGGCGAAGGCCAGAGAGCCUGUCGUCGCCCGCGGCAAGAGCGCAACCCACGGAGCGACUCGGGGCGGGACAGGGCGCGGGGAGCAGCCCCGCCGACCAGCUGGACGGUGCUGCGGCCGCGCACGCUGCCGCGCUGCAGUGGUGGCGGGAGGUGGUGGAGGCGCACGCGGAGGACAGCACAGACGACGCAGGGGAAGGACCGGACGAGGACGACGAGGGCGUGCGGGCGGAUCCCGAAGAGGGCAGCGCAGCGAGCUCGGUCUCGUCGCGGGCGCGGGCGAUCCUGGCCCGCGAGCGCGACCAGGAGCGCUACCGGCAGGUGCGCGGGCGGCAGGUGCUGCCAGAUGGCAGCGAGUACGAGGGCCACCUGGCAGCCGGCCAGCCCCACGGACACGGCCGAUGCGCGUACCCGGGCGGUGACGUAUAUGAGGGGGCGUGGAAGAACGGCGAGCGGCAUGGCUGGGGCCGUCUCGCCGAGGCCUCCGGUGACGUGUACGAGGGGGACUGGAGGCACGGCCACCGCCACGGCAAGGGCCGUGUGGAGUACGCGGAUGGGCACGUGCUGAGCGCGCGCUUUGUGGGCGGGCACGUGCACGGGCCGGCCAUCAUCGCGUUCCGGCAGGGGAGCACCUUCUACGGCGCCUUCGCCUUCAACCGCCGCCAGGGCGUCGCUGUGACAGUGGACGCAAACGGCAAGCGUGAGUGGGAGGUGUGGGAGCACGGCCAACGGAUCUCUUGACUCUGGCUCAUCACCGUCCACACGUAGUGGCACUCAGGUCGGAGAGGUGCACAAAGAACAAUAUUCCCCAAGCGUAAAAAGGAUUGCCUGGUCACAGAACCCAACUUCGGGUACACGGAAAUCGGGAUGAGCUUGGAAAACGAGCUCGAGUUAAGCCACUUAAGUUGGGUACGCACCAUUCUGUGCUCUGUGCUGGGGUUUGCUGUUGCAAUGCUUGCAUAUGAAGACCACAAGCACAUGUGUUCAGGGGUUUGCUAUCCACUAUAUAGCCUUGAAAAACGUUAGUCGGCUCAAUGACCUGAUACUGAAGUGAAAAACCAUUUGAGUGUUUCAUAAUAGUUAUUAGUCUCGAUUGGACAUCAGCUCCGUCGAUUAGGGUCCUAGCCAACGGGAUAGACUUCUAAUCAUCGUAUUAUAGGUCCUGUGACGGUCAGUGCAACAAGAUGUGGUGGCUUAUGGUGACUGUUGCAGCUAGCGUGCAUGCGCCUCGUAAUGGACUGCUGUAGCUGCAGCGAAUGCACAAGUGGCAG